AUGCACUCCCAGCUCCCAUACCGAGUACACACUCCACACCCUUACAAGAGAUCCAACCCAGUUGACCCUAACCUGAAGGACCUCCCACCUCCAUACUCAUCCAUCGCAGGCGGAUCAUUUCCACUCGAGGAGCCAUCUUCCUCAGUUACGACUACAUCUAUAUCCCUAGUCAUAGCCACGACCACCAACCCAACUGACGAAGACGAAGAUCCCCCAAACCCCAACAACGACCGCACCGAAGAGCAAUCCACCUUUCCACCGCCAUCCAACACACCCAACCAGCCUACGCACCGCUCGCAGCCCCACCAGCUCCUACCCAGCAACAACGGCACCAACGCCGACGACGAGCUCCCCGGCUACACCUCCGAUGAUGACCCCCCUAGCUAUUUUUAUGACCUGACAGAAAACCCUGACUUCAACUCUGAUAGCCUGUCGGUCCCCUACGAUGAUGACAGCGGCAGCGCCAACAGUAUCGCUUGCGUGCUACCCGAGCCCUACGAGCUGGAACAGAUGUAUAUGGGUCUGGGGGUCGAUACUGUUUCUGCAGAGUGGGAGUUGGCGGCGGAUGGUGUUGCUAGGUUCGGUGAGAGAUAUCGUCCUGUUUGGUCUCGUGGUGAGGACGGGGUGAUGAUUCCCGAUGGGGUGGGGGAUCUGGAGUCAGAACUGCUCUUUGGUGAAUACUGA